AGAAGGACUGUUCUGUACCAAUGGAGGAGGACGCAGGGGAGGAGCUGGGGCUGGGCGGGUCAAGGGCCCCCACAGACUUCCACUUCUAUCACAUGGACCUGUAUGACUCUGAAGACAGACUGCAGCUCUUCCCGGGAGAAAGCAGCAGAAUCAGGAGCAAAGUAAACCAGGCUGAACUGACCAGUGAGCCGAGAGGGGCAGGGGACAGCAAGAGUCUCCCGAAGGAAGUGGACGAGCUCGUCCACUUAUAUGGACUUGAAGAUGACCAUGAGUUGGGGGAUGAGUUUGUUGAUGAGCACAGAUUAGGGACUCUGGAGUAUCCUCCUUAUGGCCCGAGGAGGAGAGACCCAGCCAGGGAGCAGAGAGACUGGGGGCUUAGUGAGGCAGCUGAGGCCGAGGACCUGAGCUAUGGCCUUCCCGGUCAGUGCCAAGACCUCCGGGAAGCCUACAGGUACACGCACGGCCGUGCCAGCGAGGAGUAUGAAUGCUACGUCAUCCCAGAGGAGGAGGAUGAAGAAGAAGAACCUGCUGAUGUCUUCUGUGCCACUUGCAAGACGCCAGUAAGAACUGCUGAGAAGGAUGUGGAGGCACACGAGGGACAUGAAGUCAUGCCACUCAACAAAGCACUGGAAAGCGCCAAGGAUGAAAUCCACAAAAACAUGUGCAGAUUGGAGCAGCAGAUUAUCGAGAUGGAAAAUUUCGCUAGCCACCUGGAGGAGGUGUUCAUCACAGUGGAGGAGAAUUUUGGAAGACAAGAGCAAAACUUUGAGUCACAUUACAAUGAAAUCUUGGAAACCCUCGCUCAAAAGUAUGAAGAAAAAAUUCAAGCCCUAGGGGAGAAAAAGAAAGAGAAGCUGGAGGCUUUAUACGGACAGCUGGUCACCUGCGGAGAAAACCUGGACGCCUGUAGAGAGCUGAUGGAAACCAUAGAGGAGAUGUGUCACCAAGAGAAGGUGGAGUUCCUGAAGGAUGCAGUGGCUAUGACUGACAGGCUGGGGAAAUUCCUAAAAACCAAAACAGACGUGGAGCUCUCUGCGCAGCCUGAGUUUGAAGACCAGACCUUGGAUUUCUCAGAUGUGGAGCAGCUGAUGGACUCCAUCAAUGCCGUUCCAGCUCCCUCUGCUCCAGUGAUAAAUCCUCAGGCCCCCAACUCGGCCACAGGGUCCUCCGUCCGUGUGUGCUGGAGCUUAUACUCCGAUGACACCGUGGAGAGCUAUCAGCUGUCUUACAGACCAGUGCAGGACAGCUCACCUGGCAAGGACCAAGCAGAAUUUACCAAGACGGUCAAAGAGACAUAUUGCUCAGUGGCAAAUCUUGAGCCAAAUACCCAAUAUGAGUUUUGGGUGGUCGCUCAGAACAGGACCGGCCCCAGCCCCUCCAGUGAGCACGCAGUGUAUAUGACAGCCCCCUCUCCCCCCACUAUAAAAAGUGAGGCGAUCAGAAGCUGUGAAGAGGCUGCGCUGAUUUGCUGGGAGUCUGGGAACCUGAAUCCUGUGGACUCCUACACAGUGGAGCUGAUCCAGGCAGAGACGCCGGAAGCCUCGGGGGUAACUGAGUCUGUUGUAGGCAUCCCAACCUGUGAGUCCCUGAUCCAGCUGCAGCCUGGGCACAGCUACACGAUCUACGUCCGAGCUCUCAAUGUCGGGGGCACCAGUGCCAGGAGUGAGCCUGCGACAGUGCACACCACAGGGAGCUACUUCCAGCUGAACAAGGACAGCUGCCAUCCCUGGCUGACCAUUUCUGAAGAUGGGUUCACAGUGGUUCGGAGUGAGAAGAAAACCUUCAGAAGGGAGCUGCUGCCCAGCAAGACCCAGUUUACCAGGUGUGCUGCUGUCAUUGGAGAUCUAAUUCCAGUCCGAGGACGCCAUUACUGGGAGGUGGAGGUAGAUGAGCGCUUGGACUACACAGUUGGCGUGGCCUGUGAGGACGUCCCUAAACAGGAAGACCUGGGGGCGAACUGCUCGUCCUGGUGCAUGAGGCAUACAUUCGCCUCCACAAGGCACCGGUACGAAUUUCUGCACGACAGGACGACUCCAGACAUAAGAAUCACAGUUGCCCCAAAGAAGAUCGGCGUCCUGCUGGACUAUGAAAACUCCAAGCUGUCGUUUUUCAACGUGGACCUUGCUCAACAUCUGUACACAUUCAACUGUCGGCUCCCCCAAUUUGUGCACCCCUGUUUUUCUUUGGAAAAGUCCGGAAGCCUAAAGAUCCGCAAUGGCAUCUCAAUGCCAAAGCAUGUCACUUUUUUUUAGGUCCUUCUGAUGUUGUUUCAAGUCUUUCUGUCCUCUCCCUCAGCCACCCUCACUUCGCUGGCUGAACUUGGUAUUCAAGUUUCCUGCAGCCAGCACAAGCCACAGUUCACGGCAGUGUCAUGGGGUAGAUGGGUGGAUGGGGUGCUGGACCUAUUUCACCUGAUAAUGGACUCAUCCUGGUGCUGCUCCCUGUGUGAUGCCCGGGGAGCCAUUAUCAGACCAGGCUGUCAGAGAAGGGGCCAGACUCUGAUCUCAAAGGGCUCUUGUGGACUUGAACUGCACUUGUCUGUUUGUCGAUAUGUAAACUAUUUUGAGUCUCCUAAGCCUAUAGACAUAAGGAUAGCAUCAGGAAGUCAUUUA